AUGGACAAGAUCCCCUUGAACUAUGAGGCCUCUGAUGGCGACAUCAACAAGCAGACUACCGCUGCUCUGCCCAGCGAAGUGGCCCAGUGUCUUGAGAAUGCCCGGUUUCUUCACCUGGCUACCUGCACCGAUAAUGUGCCUCAUGUAGCUCUCAUGAACUAUACAUACCUUCCUUCGUCGCCGCACAACGACUCGCCCGUCAUCGUCAUGACGUCGAACCCUUCUUCCCGCAAGACGAUAAGCAUUCAGGCUAACCCGAACGUGUCCCUUCUUGUCCAUGACUGGGUCUCCCAUCGCCCCCCGACGCACCAGCGCCGACCGUCCGGCGGAUCGCCGGCCCCCGAGCCCCGCUCGAGCCUGGCCGAACUCCUCAUCAAUCUCAAUUCCUCGCAACUCUCCAGCAUCAGCGCUACCAUCGGCGGUGAGGCCCGCAUAGUGGAGGGAGGGUCCGAAGAGGAGCAGUACUUCCGUGCCCGCCACCUAGACAACCACACGUACGAGGAGGGUGUCCGGCUCAACCGCCAGGACCAGGGACAGGGGAGCAACGGCACCACCGAGAGCAGCAAUAGGGUCACCCACUUUGUUCCCGGGGAAGAAGUCAGUGUCAUCGUCGUCACCAUCAAGGACGCACGCAUCAGCGACUGGAAGGGUACCGUGAGGGACUGGGCUCUCGAGCCGCGGACCUCGACUGCUGCCGUGUCCAACGGAGCGUCGUGA